AUGGAUGCCACAGUGCCAGAUGAAGGCGUGGCCGUUGAAGUCCUGCCCUCCGCAGAAUCCGCAGAAAGCAGCGGCGAGGGCACAGGCGAGCCCGAGUGCGGGCCAGAGGGCCAGCCAGCGGGUGGCCUGGUGGAGUUUGUGUCCAACAGAAUCUCGGAAAUGCAGCCGGUUUCGCCGGAUAUACUCCGGGCGACGUCUGCAGGCAGGGCGCUUCGCUUCCUGGCGCGGGCGCUGUCGCAACCCAAGGGGCGCCACCACCUCAGUUUUCAGACGCAGCACAUCAGCUGCUUCUGGAGCCACACCUGGCAUGGGAGUGCUUGGAAGAAGCGCCUCACUCUUCUGCACAUCUAUCUUGCUCCCAUGGCUGCCGUGGGUUCGAUAUGUGCAGCAGCCUUGACGACCCUUCUGUUCAGUUUCAAGGUGCUGCUGCCGGGCUUUCGACGAGAGGAGGCUUUUCGGUGGCCAAAAUCCUUCUGGGGGUCCGCGGCCGGGGCCGUCACGUACCUUCUCGUCCUCUUGAUCGCCCAGCCGCAGACGUCCGUGUUCCUGGACGCGAUUUCGAUUGACCAGGACAAUCCUGAGAGGAAGGUCAAGGGGCUGUUCAGCAUGGGGGCCUUCUUGAGACACUCCGAGUCCAUCCUGGUGUUGUGGGAUCCAUCCUGGUCACACCGGCUGUGGUGUGUGUUUGAGUUGGCCGCUUACUUGCGCAGCUGCGAAGAGCUGGGGAAGAAGCCCAAGAUUGUCAUUCGGCCCACCGGCCUGGGACCCUGUGCAUUCUUGCAGACACUGGCACUGGUCCUCGUCUUCUCGGCCCUAGGUCUCGUGCCUGACAGGGUUCGGAUCUUCCUCUGGACGAUGCAGGCGUCCUUGUGCUUCGUAGGGUUUUACGUGACCUCUGCGACGUAUCGCCACACCUUCCGCUCCUUGGACGAGUUGAGGCAUGAGCUGCAGGGCUUUCGCCUCCAGGACUCCAGGUGCCACUGCUGUACGAAAGGCCACAGCAGUCCCGAUGAGAUGUGUGACCGGAAGAUUCUGGAACGGUGCGUGUCGAUCUGGUUUGGCAGCGUGGAAGCCUUCGAGGAGAAAGUGAGGUCCGACGUGCUGCCUUGCGUUUCGAGCCAGCUUGACACGCAGCUCUUCACCUACCGCAAUUGUGUCCUAACUGUGGUGCCGGUGAUUUGGAGCUACAUGGACACAGCCUCAGCUGAGAUGCACUUCAACGACACCUGGCAGAAUCUGGUGUCCGAGCUUGUCCGUGGCUUGGCGUGGUGGCUCGGGGUUGUUCCAUCUGCUUACCUCAUCGGCCUGCGGUGCGCCUACUGUCUGCGGAAGAAGCGCUGCUGGCUCUGCGAAGAGGCCAUGAACUCGGCGGUGGUCUUGAGCAUCGUGGCCACGGUCGUUUGUGCUGUGCAGCUUGAGUCCUUCUGCCUGGGGCAGCCUUUCUCCUUGAACGAUGGAAUGAUUGCGGAGCUGUCACUUUUUUGCUCGCUGGUGGUCCCUGCUGCUCUCUUGCUAUUUGGGUGCGUCGGCACCCAUCCGCACUACUCAAUGUCAAAAAAUGAAUGA